AUGGGCCCACGGCACCAUCGCCUCUACCGCGGACAUCGCGCCAAGUCCCUCAACAUCACUGAAGAAGAACUGGUCGAGAUCCGAGGUGCAGAGAGAACUUUUGAUGGCGCAUACUGGCGUACUGCCUUAAAGGCCUUUUCUAUGGGCAUGAUCAUCAUCCGCCUCUUCACCAACACCUUUUACAAGAUUGGUAUCAUCUUUGUGGUCUUUGGGAUGGCUCUGCUCGGAAUCUCAAUCCUUCGGAGAAAGGCAGCAGGCGACGUCUUCGACCAACGCAAACCUUUCGAGACAUCCGGCUUCUGGGUCAUGAUCACAACCUUUGUCACCACCGUAACCUAUCUUAUCAUGUUUGUCAUGAUCAUGAAGCUCUAG